AUAGAAAUCUAAAUAACUCUCAACUCAGAACACUAUAUAUAUAUGCAAGAGAUCAAGACUGAGGAGAUCAUUACAUUACAUUUAAUUUUCAGUUCUCAAAUGGCUUCAACCUUCACCUACAAUGAUGAGAACUCACUCUUCAACUUUGUCGUGAAAGAAGGCAAUGGUGUCAAAGGUCUGGUGGACUCGGGCCUAACCGAGGUACCGGAUCGAUACAUCCAACCACCCCAGCACCGAAUCAACAAGCUACACAUAGCCGAGUCACUCAAAGACAUGACCAUCGAUCUAUCUGAGCUCGAUGGUCCCAACCAUGACCAAGUGGCCAAGGCCAUCACCCAUGCUGCUGAAACUCUUGGGUUCUUCCAGGUGGUGAACCAUGGUGUGCCGCUAGAGCUACUUGAGUCGCUUAAAGUUGUGGCCCACAAGUUUUUCGCUCAACCCGCUGAAAAGAAGGCUGUGUAUCUCAAGGGGGUUAGCCCUAGUCCCAUGGUUAAGUAUGGGACUAGCUUUGUUCCUGAGAAAGAAAAGGCUUUGGAGUGGAAAGAUUAUGUUAGCAUGACAUACACAAAUGAUGGUGAUGCUCAUAACUUUUGGCCUAAUGAAUGCAAGGAAGUUGCGCUCGAGUACAUCAAGACAUCAACCGAGAUGGUGAAAAAGCUAUUGCAAACACUCAUCGGGAACCUUGGAGUAAAAGCCGACGACUCAAGACUAGAUGAACUUGUUGGUUUAAAGAUGGUCAACAUGAACUUCUACCCGACUUGUCCAAAUCCCGAGGUGACUGUUGGCGUGGGUCGUCACUCGGAUAUGGGCACGCUAACCGUGCUCCUACAAGAUGGCAUUGGUGGAUUAUAUGUGAAGAAAGGUGAAAGUGCAUCAAAAGAAGAUGAAGAGUGGAUUGAGAUUCCACCUAUUGAUGGUGCUUUGGUCAUCAAUGUUGGUGAUACACUGCAGAUUUUAAGCAAUGGGAGGUACAAAAGUGCAGAACACAGAGUGCGAACCACGAGCACUGAGUCAAGGGUCUCGGUCCCAAUAUUCAAUACCCCGUUGCCUGUGGUGAAAAUUGGACCAUUUCCUGAGCUGGUGGCUCGUGACGGGGUGGCUCGAUAUAGAGAAGUUAUGUUUGGAGAGUACAUGAACAAUUUCUUUUCAAACUCUCAUGAUGGAAAGAAGUCCCUUGAUUUUGCUUCUGCUUGAUAAUAUUAAAACUGAUGUUACUUUUUUUUUUUUAAGUUUUUUCAUCCAUUUAAUGUUAAUGGAGUUUCUUGUUUGUAAUAAAGACUUUGUAGAUGCAAGUCAAAGCCUUUUUUUUAGAAUUGUUGUACUUGGCGAGAACCGUGAAACAUUAGUUUUUAAGUGAAGGGUA